UCACAAGCUGGCAAGCCUGACAGGACUGACAAGCAUAAAAGGAUCUAUUGCUUCAGUCAUUUACAAGUGCCAGUUAAUCAACUCGUGGAGAAGAUGAGUUCCAGCCAUUCACCAACAUCCAUCACUAGAAGGCUAGAAGGGAAGGUAGCAUUGAUAACCGGUGGCGCCAGUGGAAUAGGUGAGAGCACCGCCAGGCUAUUUGUCCAACAUGGAGCCAAGGUACUCAUUGCUGACGUCCAAGAUGAUCUUGGGAAAUCACUUUGUCAAGAAUUUGGCUCUCCAAAAGAAAGCAAUAUUUCUUAUGUACAUUGCGAUGUAACUUCUGACUCCGAUGUCCAAAACGCUGUGGAUAAGGCUGUCUCCAGGUAUGGAAAGCUUGAUAUAAUGUUCAACAAUGCUGGAAUUGGGGGUGCUGCAGAAUCCGGAAUCUUGGAUUGUACUAAAGAAAAUUUCAAGAGAGUAUUUGAUGUGAAUGUGUAUGGUGCCUUCUUGGGUGCCAAGCAUGCCGCCAGGGUGAUGAUUCCAGCCAAGAAAGGCUGCAUACUAUUCACUGCAAGUCUUGCUUCAGUAUGUUGCGUGGAUUCCUCAUUGCAUGCCUAUACGACAUCAAAACAUGCAGUUGUGGGGCUAGCCAAGAACUUGUGCGUGGAGUUAGGACAGUAUGGGAUAAGGGUUAAUAGUAUUUCCCCAUAUGCUCUUGCUACCCCGAUGACAAGAAUUGGUUUGAAGAUGGGGAAGAUGGAGGCAGAAGAGUUAAUUUCAUCAACUGCUGUUCUGAAAGAAGCAAUAUUGGAACCAGAAGAUAUUGCACAGGCAGCCUUGUACCUUGCGAGUGAGGAGUCCAAGUAUGUCAGUGGGAUCAACUUGGUGGUUGAUGGAGGCUAUGGUCUCACCAACCCCUCCUUUGGAAUGGCAAUGAAAAGCCUAUUUGCUUAAGAUAGCUGGUAUUUUAUCCAUGAAAUUCCAAAUAAUUAAGAUGGGCUCUUUCUGCUGUUCUUUUGCUUUAUAACGAAUCAGUUUAUUUAUGAGACA